UGGCCUUUAAUCAAGUAGCUCAAUAAUUGAGAAAGGGGGCCCAAAGUGGGUGACUGAGAAACAUUUAAUCGGCUCAAAAUCAUUAGCUAGGUGCCCCACCGUGAAAUAAUGCAAAUCUAAAGCACAUGAAGCAUGUUGUGUUGUUGUCCGUGGUCCAAGUCGGACUUGUGAAUUGAGAAUAUUGUUGCAGGGCAACAUAAUCCAUUUUCCAGGUAUUUGUAAUCAUCUUAAACAAGUCAUUUGGGUUGAGUGUUUUUGGUAACGGAAAGGGACAAACGAUAAGUUAUUCAUAUUUUGUAAUGAAAUGCUAGACUGGUAUUGGAGGAGGUUGUAUAUCCUGGUCCGUAUAUGUUAUUACUGCGUCUUGCUUGGAGCUUAUCUUUUAGUCCCCCACCUCCCAAAAAGAAAAGAUAACUAGCUGGCUUGGAAAUUUUCCUUAGCAGAGUCUUAUCUCCAUCGACGAGCCUGGAAGAAUUGCGUACCCCUUUUGAAAAGAAUUCACCGCUAAACAAAAUGGCCAAAAGAAAUUGUUCUUCAUCUGUGUUCCCUGCUUCAUGUUUUUGGCACUGUUCUGUUUGGCGGUCAUGGUCACUUUAUCUUCUAGCUUUGAUACAGUUCCCAGUUCUCGUUAAUGCAUCAGCUACAACAAGUGGACCUGUAAUUAACGUGACCAAGCACAUCUCCUUCACACAUUUCAGCCUUGAUGAUCCUAGAGUAACAUCAGAUGUGAAGCUUCUAGGGAGUGCGAAGCUUUCGAUGGAAAAAGGUGCCGUCCAAAUUCCAGAUGAAUCAGAUGCCUUUGAUCUGAGACAUCUAGCAGGGAGAGCCAUUUACUCCUCGCCUGUCCGCCUGCUUGAUCCACACACCCGCACCCCGGCAUCCUUUCAAACCACCUUUGCUUUUCAAUUUAGCAAUUCUUCUUACGCAAGCACAGAUAUGCUUAAUCACGGUGGCAGUGGUCUCACAUUUAUCAUAGUCCCUGAUGAGUUCACUGUGGGAAGAUCUGGACCAUGGCUAGGUAUGCUCAAUGAUGCUUGCCAGGAAGAUUACAAAGCCGUUGCUAUUGAAUUUGACACGCGCCAGAAUCCUGAAUUUGGAGACCCAAAUGACAAUCAUAUUGGCAUUAAUCUUGGUAGCAUUGUUUCCACCACAACUAUCGAUGCAUCAGAUUUUGGGGUGUUCCUUAACGAUGGUUCAGUUCAUCGAGCUUGGAUUACAUAUGACGGUCCUCGUAGAUGGAUGGACAUCCACCUCGGAUCAGAUGGCCAUGAUAACCUGUCUAAACCUAUCUUCUCUGGUCCUCUUGAUCUCUCUCCUUAUCUGAAUGAGUACAUGUUUAUUGGAUUCUCAGCAUCGACAGGCAACAAGACCCAGAUUCAUAACGUACUCUCCUGGAUCUUCAGCUCAACUAGCCUAGCUUUUCUUCGCAUCCCUUCGGAGGAAACAUGUGAGAAUAAAAUCAUCCUCCAGAAAUCUGAUGCUACUCAAAUUACCCAAAAGAGAUCUAACAAAGAACCGCAAAGCAGUUUUUUUAUUUUCAUUGCCGUAGCUGUACUAGCUUUGGCUACUAUGAUUGGUUUCUUUUUCUGUAGCCGCAGGGGAAGAAAUGACAAUUCAAAACUUACUGCGCCAGGGAAAACGCAACGGCCCAGCCCUCCCAACAAACCCCGCCGCUUCACGUUUCCUGAAGUUUCAUCAGCAACUCGGGGUUUUAGCGAGGCAGAAAUACUAGGUAGCGACGCCAGAGGUAUUUAUUACAGAGGGAAGCUUUCCAAUGGCUGUCAAGUGGCUAUCAAAAGGCUGUCUGCUCAGUUUCUUAACUCACAGCAAGGCUUGGAUAGACGACGGCUUCUCAAAGAAAUUGGUGCUAUGAGCCGAGUUCGUCACCCAAAUUUGGUCCCCAUCAGGGGAUGGUGUCAUGAUAACCGCGAAAUGAUGAUUGUGUAUGACUUUUAUGCCAAUGGAAGCCUUGAGAAAUGGCUCUUUGGCGUUGGGGUUCUUCCCUGGACACGACGUUUCAAAGUUAUCAACGAUGUUGCAGAAGCAUUAAGCUUCCUGCAUUCCAAGCAACUCGCUCACAAGAACAUGAAAACAAGCAGCGUCUUUCUUGAUGUAAGCUUCCGAGCGGUUCUAGGUGAUUUUGGGAUGGUGCUAUCAGCAACGGAUUCAACUAGGUUUGAAUCAGCAGUUAGCCAGACAGCUGAUGUCUUCGAAUUUGGAAUCUUUGUGUUAGAAGUGGUUUCGGGACGGGGAAGGUUAGAGCCUGAAGUGAACCAAGAGGAAAGGGAUUUGGUAGAUUUUGCUUGGAGGAUGCAUGUGAAGGAUGAAAAGGUAAAGGUAGUGGAUGGGAGGAUGGGCUCACUGGUUAAUUUAGAACAAGCCAUUCGGGUUUUGGACAUUGGGCUACUUUGUACACUAAACGAGUCUAAAGGUAGGCCUACCAUGGAGGAAGUGUUGGGGUUUCUGAGCAUGGACAGACAAAUUCCAGAGCUGCCAGAUACUCGACCCGUUGCGUUGUUCCCUUACAACAGUGCCACGGGUCUUUGCUCUGGAUAUUCUUGCGGCCCAUUCAAGUGAAUCCAUGUGUUUGUGAACUUUUUGAUCAUUGCAUUAAGAAAUUGUUAAGCUUUGUUCAGGUUAUGAAUUUAGAAUGGCUUAGUAGGGUGUUCGUAAAUGUCACUAGCAAUUGAAUUUAAGAGAUAUUCCACAAAGCAGUCACUUCCUGGUUUAUAUAUCAUUUACAUGUAAUAAGGAUAAGUUUUAAACUUACAAAUAAGAUUGGA